AGAUAAGAAGGUAAGGAUGUUGGCGAUGGACUGAAGCAGAAGAAGGCGCCAGAGAAGAUGAGGAGUUUGAUGGCAAUUCCCAUUCCCCAAAUCCCAAAUUCAGAAGUGGAUCAGAAUUUGGCUUCCAAUUCCACUGUGUGUGUGACUGUGAGUGCGUUCUACUCUCCAAUGGCUUCAAAACCCACCUCCUGUAUUUUCGAAUCCCUGCGAAUGAGUCAAACCCUUGCAGAAAAUGACACCAUAUCCGUGAUUCUAAGUUGUCUUCAUAUACCCUCUCCCUCUUUCACCCACAUUUAUCGAAAAAUACCUUUUAGAAUUUUAGUUUUGGUUCUUUACUUUUUAGUAUAUUUCGAUAAAGGAAGUAAUUUACUUUUUCACUUCACCAUUCUUGCCUUUCACGAGAUGGCUUGAGUUAUAGCUUCAUUUGUGGGGCUCUCUCUGUUCUAUGAUUCUAUCUGUAUAUAUACCACCUCACAUGUGCUUCCUCUCAUUCACUCCUCCAUCUUUUCCUUUUCAUUAUUCAUUUGUUGCAUUACAUGCUUCUGAAUGUAAGAUUGUUCCUUCUAUCUUGCAUUCUGGGUUAUGUUCUUUCUGAAAUUUGGGGUUUUGCAUUCUGGGUUUAUUACUAACGAUUGAAUGCUUCUGAUUCUUUAGCUGGGUUGUUUGCUAAGUGCCAGUUUUAUGGUGUCUUGAUCCUAUCCCCUCACUGAAUUCAGAUUUGCCUUCUAUUUCACAUUGUUUCUGCCCUGAUUUGAUUAGUUUUUUUUCCUCGUCCUCUUUUUGGUUACUAUGAAGAUUUCCCAAUCUCUUAAAAUGUGGGUGGUUUUGGCGGCCUUAAUUGCGUUCCUUCUCUGUCAUUGUGAUUCUCUAAAGGAGUGUACAAACACUCCUACUCAACUUGGAUCACAUACUUUUAGAUAUGAGCUCUUAUCAUCACAUAAUGGAACAUGGAAGGAAGAGAUGUUUUCUCACUACCACUUGACACCAACUGAUGACUUUGCUUGGUCAAAUUUGCUACCAAGGAAGAUGUUGAAGGAAGAAAAUGAAUUUAAUUGGGAAAUGAUGUAUAGACAAAUGAAGAAUAAAGAUGGGCUGCAAAUUCCUGGCGGUUUGCUCAAGGAAAUUUCUUUACACGACAUACGGUUGGAUCCAAACUCGUUACAUGGGACGGCUCAAACAACAAAUUUGAAGUAUCUAUUGAUGUUGGAUGUGGACAGGUUGCUGUGGAGCUUUAGGAAGACAGCUGGUUUGCCUACACCUGGAGAACCGUAUCUUGGGUGGGAAAAAUCAGACUGCGAGCUUCGUGGUCAUUUUGUAGGACACUACUUAAGUGCAUCAGCCCAAAUGUGGGCAAGCACUGGGAACCCUGUUCUUAAAGAGAAGAUGUCUGCACUAGUUUCUGGUUUGGCAACUUGUCAGGACAAACUGGGCACAGGAUAUCUUUCUGCUUUCCCCUCUGAGGAGUUUGAUCGUUUUGAAGCUAUUCAACCUGUCUGGGCACCAUAUUACACCAUCCACAAAAUAUUGGCAGGAUUGUUGGAUCAAUAUACUUUUGCUGGUAAUUCCCAAGCCUUAAAAAUGGUUACAUGGAUGGUUGAGUACUUCUACAACCGCAUUCAAAAUGUCAUAUUGAAGUACACUGUAGAGAAACACUAUCGAGCACUUAAUGAAGAAACUGGUGGCAUGAAUGAUGUGCUCUACCGGUUGUACAGAAUAACAGGAAAUACAAAGCAUUUAUUACUGGCACACCUUUUUGACAAACCGUGCUUUCUAGGCCUUCUUGCCUUACAGGCUGAAGACAUUUCAGGUUUCCAUACCAACACACAUAUCCCAAUUGUUGUUGGAGCUCAAAUGCGGUAUGAAGUCACCGGUGAUCCACUGUACAAGGAAAUAUCCGCAUAUUUUAUGGACAUUGUUAACUCCUCCCACAGCUAUGCAACAGGAGGGACAUCAGUGCAUGAGUUCUGGACAGAUCCCAAGAGAUUGGCAAACACUCUAGGAACGGAGAAUGAAGAAUCAUGUACAACUUACAACAUGCUUAAGGUCUCUCGCAACCUGUUUAAAUGGACCAAGGAAAUAGCAUACGCUGAUUAUUAUGAGCGGGCUCUUACAAAUGGGGUGCUGAGCAUCCAAAGAGGAACUGAUCCUGGGGUAAUGAUUUACAUGCUUCCAUUAGGUAGUGGCAGUUCUAAAGCCAGAAGCUAUCAUGGAUGGGGGACCCCAUUUGAAUCUUUUUGGUGCUGCUAUGGCACAGGAAUUGAAUCAUUCUCCAAGUUGGGUGAUUCCAUAUACUUUGAGGAGGAAGCACAAACUCCUACGCUUUAUGUUAUCCAGUACAUACCAAGUUCUCUUGAGUGGAAAUCAGGAAAUGUUUUGCUUAAUCAGGAAGUUGAUACUAUUCAUUCAGAGGAUCCAAACCUCAGGAUGACAAUGACGUUUUCUCCCAAGGGAUCAGCACAGUCAUCUACCAUUAACUUGCGAAUUCCAAGUUGGACAAGUGCGAGUGAUGCAAAAGUUUUACUAAAUGGUCAGAGUUUGGGAAACAACCCUAAUGGCAACUUCAAAUCGGUUACAAACAAAUGGAGCUCAGGGGACAAGUUAAGCCUUGAGCUACCCAUUAACCUAAGAACUGAAGCUAUUGAAGAUGAUGGAUCUGAAUAUGCUUCCAUCAAAGCAAUCCUGUUUGGCCCCUAUCUGCUGGCAGCCUAUAGUAGUGGUGACCGGGAAAUCAAAACCGAACUGGUCGAUUCUUUUUCAGACUGGAUAACUCCUGUUCCUGCCGUGUACAAUACUUUCCUUGUUACUUUUUCCCAAGCAUCUGGAAAGAUCUCGUUUGCCUUGACAAAUUCAAACCAGUCAAUAACAAUGGAAAAGUAUCCUGGAUGGGGGACAGAUUCUGCUGUGCACGCUACAUUCAGGCUCAUCUUAAAUGACCCAUCUGCCAAAGUCACAGAAUUGCGAGAUGUUAUUGGCAAACGGGUCAUGCUAGAACCAUUCAAUUUUCCAGGAAUGGUUCUAGGAAACGAAGGAAAAGAUGAGAAACUUGCAAUUGCACAUUCAAACUCAGAGGGACACUCCUCUGAUUUUUAUUUAGUUGAGGGAUUAGAUGGAAAGAAUGGAACCGUAUCCUUGGAGUCCGCAGACAAUGAAGGCUGCUUUGUUUACAGUGGAGUGAACUAUGAAUCUGGUGCACAGCUGAAACUAAGCUGCAAGUCAAAGUUGUCAUUAGACGAUGGAUUCAAUAAAGCGUCCAGCUUUGUGAUGGAAAAUGGAGCAAGUCAGUAUCAUCCAAUAAGCUUUGUUGCAAAAGGAUUGACAAGGAACUUUCUUUUGGCACCAUUGCUGAGUUUCAUAGAUGAAUCUUACACAGUUUAUUUCAACAUGAUUGCUUAGCCAUAUAGGUUGAAAGAUUGAAAUAGUUUACAGAUUUAUCAUUAGCUUUUUACGUUUAUAAUUAGUGGUGGGGUAUGUAACUACAAAUAACAAUAUACUAUAUAGAUUAUUCAGUGAUCCUAUUUUCAUUUUUCAUCAGUUGCUGAAUCGCUUUAUAAGAAGCUGAUUAUUGCAACAGUUUGUGGGAUAAUAAAGAUGUUUAUAGCUUGAAUUGUGUUGAGCCAAUGUACCCAAUUGUUGCCACUGUAAUAGAGGCUCAUUCCAUUAAUAUAUAGCUAUGUAAUGAAUAAAAUAUUUUGCCAUGGGUCGGCAGCAAUGAAGAGUUAAAAAUGGUGGAU